AUGAAGAAGAAAGAUAUCAAAAAGAAGUCUUUACAGAAAAUCAGAGCAAAAGAUGGGUCUGUCAGAGAUCAACUAAUACCCUUAAAUUCAUCAAAAAAUUCAGAAAAUAUACACAAAAUUCAAAUGGGUAUUGGAAAAAAUCAUCAUUUGAGUAGUAAAUUGCAAGAAUUUUCCAUUAAAUCUUCGUGGGUAUCUUCUGAAAUGUACAAAAAUGGCAGAAAAUUCGUCUGCAAAUUAUGUGGAAAAGGGUUCAAGUCUGCUAGAGCUGUGUUUGGGCAUUUGAGAUGUCAUUCAAAGAGAAAAUCUGAGGCUGAAUUUGAGGAUUGUUCUGUCAAUGAAGGCUUGUUGGAGCAGGAACUAAGUAAGCAGCCGGAGACGCCUCGAAAGAAAAGAUCAGGAAGGAGGUAUACUGAUAAAACUAAUUGUUCUAAUAGCACUUCUUGGUGUAAUUUGUAUGGCUCAAAUUCUUCUGUUACCGAUGAAGAAGAAUUAUUAGAUAUUGCUGCUUCUUUGUUGAUGCUUUCUAAGGGUGGGUUUUAUUCUGUUGAUCAUGUUUCUGAUAACGAUGAUGCUUCGGUAAAAUUAGAACCUAGACUGUCUAUUAACUCUGUUAGUAAUGAUGCUAAUGGUGUUGAUAAUAUGGCCGAACGCGCUGCUGCUGUUGAAUCAGGGUUAUAUGUUGAUUCAGGGUUAUAUGUUGAUGUUUUGAGAAGUGCGUGUGAUUCUGUAAAUGAGAACAGAAAAGAAUUUCAGGGUUUUGAUUGUGGGUUGUCUUUGAACCAGAUUGAGAAUAUUGAACAUGGACCUGUUUCUGAUGUUGAGAUUCAGUCUGAUAUGCUGCUGUAUGAUGCUGGAAUUAAGAAUGGGGCUAUUGGGGUUCUUGUGGAUGGUACAUUGUUUAGUAAUUCGAAUGCUAUUACUUGUGUUCCUGCUGCCGAAGAAACAAAGUAUGAGUCUGUCGAUGUUGGUGCUCGUAUGUAUGAUGAAUCAAAUUUAAGAACUUGUGGUCGAACAAAUCAAGAUAACAUUGGAAGUGGACCUAGUGUUCAUAGUGAGCAGGAAUCUGUGUUGUUUGAUGCCAAAAUCAAUUAUGCUAGUGUGGUUUUGGAAGAAGAUAAAAUGGCUAUUAAAUUGAGUCCAAAGUGCAGUGAUCCUGUGAUUGAAGAAAAAAAGCAUGAGAAUGUAGGAGUUGCUGAUCAAACACCUGAUAAAUGUAAUUCAGGAGUUAGUGAACCACCAAUGGAAAAUUCUUCCUCCGAAAAGUGCCAGAAGCAUGUCUGCAGUAUCUGCAAGAAGAGUUUCCUGUCAUAUCAGUCUUUGGGAGGCCAUCGUUUGCACUGCCAGAGGCUUUGUCGUUUGGAAAUCCAAGCACACAUGAAUGCGAACAUAAGUACUAACAUCAUUACUCAUGGUGAGAAAGAUGGUGUCGAAGAUGGGAUGAAAAUUGGGGAUAACAAAACGAAGAAGAGAUGGAACCACGACAAUGAUAAGAAGAAGAGAUGGAAGAAGCACAGAUGUCUGAUGUGUAACAAAGAUUUUCGCUCAGGCCAAGCUUUGGGUGGACAUAUGAGGGCUCAUUAUCAGAGCAAAGAUCAUGCCAACGAGGCAGAGAAUGUGGCUUAUGAUAAAGAAAAUUUAGCAGAUGUCGAAGAAGAGAGAAAAGAAGAGAAUGAUACCUAUGAUGAUAAAAUCUUAGCAGCAGUCAGAGAUCUAAGAAAGCAAGAGAAUGAUGUUUGCUCCAACAAAAUUCAGCAGUCAUUAAAGGAAAGACAAAUGAUCAUCGUGCCCCAAGGCAACAUACCCUUGAUGAUCUAG